AGCUUUUUCGCCACAAUUUUUAUGACGUCACGCCACCCUCAGCUUUGCUUUACAUUUGAAGCUUAGAGCAGCACGGGGUAAACUUUUCUCGCGAAACAUUACAAAAACAGCGCGUGUUCUGUGCUAAAUGGCUCAGAUGAGGGCUGAAGGGACUGAACACGGUUCUCAGUCUGAAUCCAAACAAAGCGACUCUUGGACCAGCUUGAAGGGACAAGCCGCGGAAGACCCCAAACGGGAACCGGGUGUCAACAACGAGGACAAACCAGCCGAGGACUGCGGCAGUUGUACGGCAGUGGGGCCCGGGCACAACCCGCCGCCCUUUUCCGACAUGGACGGGGAAGGUACGUCGCCUCACAGCAAGCCGGGCAACAACGAUGUUGAAGGUGGCUUUAAACUCGGCGAACCUGGAGAAAGCCCUGCGCAGGGUAGUCUAGCGAGCAGCACAGACUCCGCACAAGAGGGCUCGCAAGUGCUGAAAGCAGAACAAAGAGAAGCGGAGAACGUGUGCAGCUCAGCGCCUCGCGGCUGCACAAAGCCCGCGGGAAAGGCCGAACACGCGGCCAGGAGGUGGGUCGGCGUGGAGUUGAACUCCGUUGAAGGAGAACCGCUCAGCCGCAUGGACUCUGAGGACAGUUUCUGCUCCACCCUGAUGGACAUAGAGAGCACUGCGUCCAGCGGUCGUUCCACUCCUGCCAUGCUCAAUGGUCACAGUGGGGGGGCAGCGGCAGUAGCAGGCUCUGGACCUGCUGUGAGCAAAUCUCUGAACUACACCUGCUGCUGGGAUGACUGCCAGCUGCUGUUUUCCAGCAGCCCUGACCUGGCUGAACACAUCCGAGCCAUGCAUGUGGACGGACAGAGAGGAGGGGUGUUUGUGUGCCUGUGGAAGAACUGCAAGGUGUACAACACUCCGUCCACCAGUCAGAGCUGGCUGCAGAGACACAUGCUGACCCACAGCGGAGACAAGCCCUUCAAGUGUGUGGUUGGUGGCUGCAAUGCCACUUUUGCCUCACAGGGGGGGCUGGCACGCCACGUCCCCACCCACUUUAGUUCCCAAGGUUCUUCCAAAACAUCCAGUCAGGGCAAAGUGAAGGAGGAAUCUCCAUCCAAGGCUGGUCUGAUCAAGAGGAGGAAACUCAGGAACAAAUAUAGACGCUCACUGCCUCGACCUCAUGACUUCUUUGAUGCACAAACCAUGGAGGCCAUCCGGCAUCGAGCCAUAUGUCUCAACCUGGCAACACACAUUGAGAGCCAGGGCAACGGACACAGUGUGGUCUUCCACAGCACGGUGAUAGCCAGGAGAAAAGAGGAUUCUGGGAAAGUGAAGGUGCUGCUACACUGGACACCUGAAGACAUACUGCCUGACGUGUGGGUGAAUGAGAGCGACAGACUGCAGCUGAAGACCAAGGUGGUUCAUCUGUCCAAGCUGCCGACGGACACAGCUGUCCUCCUGGCCCCCAACAUUUACAGGAUGUUCUUCUGAUGAAUUCAACUUUGCUGAAAUACCAGGGGAAGACAUUUCUGCUCAGCUCCAUGUGAAGUUUCCUCUUCUUCAUCCAGGAGGAUUUUAGGAAUUUAGUAACUUGUCUCCUUGGCUUUUUUUGGCCACCAGUAUUAUUAGGUGCAGUUUGUAGAAAGCAUGUUGCUUGUUUUAGGUAACACAGCUAGAGUGAAAAACAAAUGGACUGCAUCUGUAGAGAGAGGCAGUUGUAAAUAUAUAAGAUUUGUAAUAUAUUUUUAUACACUUUUCGUACUCCCAUGUAGCUGAUGCAGACCUUUUUAAUAAAAGUCUCAAAAUGAGCUCAUGUUUACAUUCAAACA